AUGGUCAGAAUGGUCGCCGAAGAAGUCUACCUCAACGCCAAACGCGACGAGGCUAGGGCUGCCGAGGCUGCCAGGGAUGCCGCAGCCGGGCAUGCGGCCCUAGCAUCGCUGCAGGAGGCAGGACGAGCAGCCCGGACAGCAGCAGCCAAAGCUGCACCGGCGGCGUCAGAGGGGCCUGCGGAAGAGGAGGAGGAGGAGGAGGAGGAGGAGGAGGAGGAGGAGGAAGAGGAGGAGGAAGAGGAGGAGGAGGAAGAAAGCGACGAUAGCCUUGGCAUUCUUGACGAGGAGAUGCUCGCUAUUCUGGAGCAUUGGGAGAGCUCUACUUAA